AUGGAGGCUAUUGGGUUCUGUCAAGACGUUGUUUUCACUGCUUUCAUCACUUUAAUUGUCUAUUUUGUUCUCCCCAAGCUGCUUUCUCAUUUAGGUGGAUAUGAUUCGACUUCAUCUGAUGCUGGUCUUGUUCGUAAAACUGGUUUCUUGGAACAAAUCAGGGAGGAAAUCCCUGAAGAAGCUGUUGGGGUCUCUGAAUUCCGAUCAAUGUCCAACGAUGAUCGUCGUGAAAAGGAACUGAAGGGGACAAAAAUUAAGAGAGAUGAUGAUGUGGUUGGGAUUGGAAAGAGUGGAGUUGUAGCUGGUGCUUUGUCGGGGGAGAAAGAGGAUGUUUGUGUCGGUGGCAGAGGAAGUGAUGAUUUGGAAGCAAAAGUUGUCGACGAAUGUUCUGAAAGACCAAUUUUGGACGAAAUUCAAGAAGAAAAGGGGACCCCAGUUGCUGAAAGUCAAGCGAGUUUUGAUUCAGAAGAGAAUCCGAUCCGAGAAGAAAAGGUGAAGUCGACUUCCGAAGCCCAACUGACACCUGCUUUUAAGGAGGAUGCUGGAUUAGGGGAGACCAAUUAUGAUGAAAGGGUUACUGGAGAUUUAGGCAGCGAAAUCAGUGAAGAAACGAAGGGGAUUACAACAGAGAACAUAAAGAACAAUAAUGAUCAACACGUGGAAGAGGAGGAGUUGUUAGGAGGUGAAUGGGAGGGAAUAGAGAGAAGUGAGUUGGAGAAGCGGUUUGAUGCUGCAAUGGCGUUUGUUGAGUCCAAGAGCAAUGCUGAUCUCGUGGAUGGCAACUUGAGGUUGCAAUUAUAUGGGCUGCAGAGGGUUGCUAUGGAAGGGCCUUGUCACGAGCCACAGCCAAUGGCAUUGAAAGUUUCUGCCCGCGCAAAGUGGAAUGCUUGGCAAAAGCUAGGGAACAUGAACGGAGACAUGGCAAUGGAGGAGUAUAUGGCUCUUCUGUCGAAAAGCAUACCUGAAUGGGAGGCAACCCAGAUUUCUAUCUCGGCGAAGAAACUUCCCGCCGGCGGAAAGCUCUGUGGCAAUUGUUUCAUUUUGUCAGUCGAUACCGGGACCACCAUAUCAAUGGGGGUGGUGAUAGAGAGCGAGGUUUGGGAAUCUAAUAAAUGGCUCCACGUAUACAUACUUUUUACCUGCUUCCUUUCCAUCUAUUUUUGCCCUCACAGCUCCCAAAAAUCAACUGCCGCCACUGUCUUCGAUCACUCCCUCCCUUCCGCCUUCCUCCGAUUCGAACGGAUUUUCCUUCUUCUAUUUACUAUCUCUUCAGUCACGGAAGGCUUAGGGUUAUUGUACGGUGAGUAUGAAUGGGAGUACUAUGGAGUUGAUAAACAGCAAAUGCUUCUGUGUUUGUGCGUCGGGAGUGCUGCGUCGUUAUGCAUUGGGAGUUUUCUUGGCGCGGUUUCUGAUAUGUUUGGCUCGAAGAAAGCUUGUUUGAUGUUUUAUAUAUUGCACUUCAUUGUUGCUAUUUGGAAAUGCGUCAUCGGGCGUCCAAGUGUAUGGGUGGCCAGCAUCUGCCUAUCUCUUGCCUCAUCUAUAUUCUCCUUCAGUUUCGAGACCUGGAUGGUUGCUGAGCACACCAAGCUAGGACAGAGACAGGAUGUGUUAAGUGAUAUGUUUUGGUUAAUGAAUUUUGUGGAAUCUGCCUCGCUCAUUUGCAGCCAGUGCCUCGGAAAUUGGCUGUUCAGAAAUGGAUCCGGGAAAAAUGUGAUGGCUCCUAAUUAUGCAAUUCUAGUUCUUGCAAUUGUAUCUAUCAUUUGUGUGGCUCAAGGAGCCAAGGGAAGUCCACAAACAACCAACUUUGAGGAUUAUAGGGCUUCAUUCUGGACUCAUGUUAUUUCUGAUAAAAGGGUAUGGUUGCUAUCAUGGUCACAAGCUUGUGUGAACCUCUCUAUAGCAGUAUUCUGGAUUCUCUGGGCUCCCACUAUUGUGGGUGAUGGCAGAGAGGUUAAUUUAGGAUUGCUGUUUCCUUGUUGGAUGGGUGCGAAAAUGCUAGGAAGCACUCUGUUUCCGUGGAUGUUUAGUGGGAGAACAUCCAUUCGGAUAGAAGAAUGCUUGGUUUACGUGCUUUCCUCAAUGGGACUCAUUUUAUCUGUCGUUGCAUAUGACUAUCAGGAUGUUAAAAUCCUCCUGAUACUUUUCUUCAUAUUUCACGCUUGUGUUGGCCUUGUUUUGCCCUCACUUGCCAGAUUGAGAAGCAUGUAUGUACCAAAUGAACUUCGAGGAGGAAUGAUAAGUCUCAGUCAAGCUCCAGCAAAUAUGAUUUUCUUCUUACUUCUAGUGCAAAGAGGUUAUCAUCAAACUAUAGCAAAUUCCACUAUCCUGGCUCUUUCAGCUUUUGGUUUAUUCUCUGCUGCAUGUUGCAUGUACAUGUUGAAGCGAUCUGGAAAGCAACUCCACCAAAGUUGGCAUAAGUUGUAA